GGCCACGGUGGGAGUAUUCAUAUCAUGGAAAUUGGCAAACACUUCAAAUCAGAGAGUUGUUUUCCAAGUUGGAUCAGCGAGGCUUAGAGUUUAGGGCGACACAGUGAGUCAGUGGCAGAGCUGAAGUGUGAACCCAGGUCAGGCUGACUCCAAAGCCAGUGCUUUUACUCCCUAGGUCAUGCUGCCUUUGGUCUCGGCACAUCAAGGUGUCCGUGCCUUGGAUGAUUUCCUUAGGAUUUCUUCUGGAAGUGGAAUUACUCCAUCAAGAGAAGCAUAAUGCUGGACUUGGAGAGUUUUUCAGAAAGUUGCAAAACCAGGCCUGCAGAAGAGGUCUCGGCCCACUUCCUAACUGUUCCUUCUUUGUCUGUUUCCAGCUGUAUGGAAGGCGGGCCCCCUGGGAGGACCCCGCCAAGUGGGUGAUGGACACCUAUCCUUGGGCAGCCAGCCCUCAGCAGCACGAGUGGCCUCCCCUCCUGCAGCUCCGGCCCGAGGAUGUCGGCUUCGACGGCUACUCCAUGCCUCGGGAGGGGUCAACCAGCAAGCAGAUGCCCCCCAGCGACGCUGACGGAGACCCGCUGAUGAACAUGCUGAUGAGGCUGCAGGAAGCAGCCAACUACUCCAGCCCCCAGAGCUAUGACAGCGACUCCAACAGCAACAGCCAUCACGACGAUAUCCUGGACUCGUCCCUGGAGUCUACUCUGUGACGGCCGGGCCACGGAGCCUGCCCUCCUGCCCUCCACCUCCCUCCUCUGCACCACCCUGAGGGCGCCCUCCUGAGCCAGCCCCCGGCCUCGGCGUGAGUGCCGCACGAAGACCCGGACCCUCCUCGUCCUCCAGCCUUGACCUGGGUGCAGGCACCCCGGGCCAGCUGCCUCGGGACCGCUUCCUUCACAGGGAGAACUGCACCAUCUUCUGUGUCAAUUAUUGUCUUGCCUUGUUGCUGUGACCUUCCUAAGACACUGAAAGAUACUUCUCGGGAAAGGACCAUCACCGUUGAAAUGAAAAGGGUUUUUAAAAAAAAAAGCCAACCCACUUGAAGCUCUGAAACCAAACAGCAUCCUGCCCUCAGCGGCCCAGAGACAGAAGAGAUUAGAGCAGAGCUGAAAACGGAGACAGCAGGGCCUCCUCCGCGCACAGACCCUGCAGCUCCAGCCCCGCCGCCGCCCUUCCACCACACCGGCCACACAGAGAUCCGCUGCCAGCCGGGGCCCUUGCUUUGGUCACACUGAACCAACUGCAGAGCCGCAUCGCAGGAAAAACUUAGGAAAAAACAAACCGUGCUUUCUCUUUGGUUUGUUUUUUUAAAUGGUGCUCUCCUUACCCGAGAGGUAUUCUGCCUGUUCCAGUUCCUCCCCCGCCCUUCAGACCCAUCAGCCUCUGGUUCUUCCAUAAGAGAGAGCGAGGCCAAGCGGAUGUGGCCGUAAACGCAGAGCUGCAUGUGUCUGUUUCCUUCUCGUACAGAAAUGAAUCAGGUCUUAUUCCUGCUAACACUGUGUACAGUGAGAAUUGGUCUACCUUGGCGAACCGAUCACCCCUUUGAAAAUGAGGUUGAGUUUCUCCCUUUCUGACUCUUUUGAUUUUGAAGACUUUUUUCCCCUCUCCUUCCCCUCGUGGUCAGAAUCCAUCCUUUGGUGAACGUGAGAACCGCAGGAGUUGGCUUUUGGUUUGGUCCUGCUGAGUUUUGGUUUUCCGUUGUCCACCCUCACAGUUCUGCACACUCGCUGCCUCCUGCUGGGGCCGGGGUCGCUGUGCCCUGGACAGUGGACCAGGACCCCGUCCUCAGCGCGUGGGUGAGCGGGACCUUGCCUUUCCUCCUCGUCCUCGAGGCUGCAGGACACACGUCGACACCUCCAGCAUGCCAGCCCCGACCUCAGGUGGGGUGUGAGGUCACCUCGCAAAACACUUGCACUUUCCCCAGAACCAACGUGACGUCACACAAGUCAACGGGUGGAGGCAGCUGCUCCCUUCCAGAAGCUCCGGCCUCCGGCGGACGAGCCUUGCCUGACCUCUUCGGUGCUGACCUUCCCAAAGCGAUGCCUUAACUGGUUUUGUACUCACCGUGUUCACUGAUGAGUGUCGUGCCUGCCUGGGGUCUGUUUUUCUGUUUUCCCCAUCAGAGCAAACAGGGCUAACAAGUCAUCUGCUCACUAGGAGAACUCAAGCUAAUGUGACUUUUUUCUCAUCCAAAAGACUCAUUCGUGUGGAUGCGUGACUGUGGGAAAAAGAAAAAGGAAAAAAAAAAAAAUUUUUUUUUUUUUUUUUUUUUUUUUUAAGGCUCUUAUCAGUCUCCAGCUAACGCCCUGACUAGACAAUGAUCUGUCUUGUGCAGGAAAAGGCAAAAGUUCCUACCAUGUUACAUGACAUUGUUGAGCCAUGCUCUGCUCGUAUGUGUCUUCAACAUACCGGUAUUUUCUCUACAGAGUGUGGUCAAUCUUUGAGUCAUUUGUUUCUGUUUUAUUUUUAUCAGACCCCCAUGGGGGGGAGUCUCUGUUAAUGAUCAGGGUUUUUACUCCAUUUUUUUUACAUUUCUAUCUCCAAAGGUCCCUCUCUCAACAUCUUUUAUUUUCUUACCACAAGAGCUUGACCUGAAAGCAGUCACAUUACAUUGGAUGACACCAUUUGCUUCCUCUUUGAAAGGAAAAGGGGAAUGUGUCCCUCUAACAGGUGAAUGGAAAACCUCUCAGCGUGCUCUUUAAUCUCAGUACACUCAGACUCUAUUCUGCUAAGCCUUCCUUAGUCAUCUGGGUGUGUGAGUGUGUCUUGUUCUGUUUUGUUUUUCAUAAAAUGUUUAAAGCAUGUAUUUAGCCUGUGACCUCAGGGGUCAGUCACACCCUGAGCCUUCUGGUAAACCUGAAGAAUGGUCCUUCUCAAUUUAUCUCCCAGCGAUGACCUUACACGCUCAUACUGUGAAUUUGGGAGGAGGUGCAAUGGACUCCUCCUCUUGGGCAGUUUUCCCGGUCACCUUGUGAGUAGACACCUGCCAAUAUCCCUUGAAACGUUU